GCCAAUCACACCACCUGGCGGGUCCUGAGUUGUUAUUGUGCUGACCUGUCACUGUGGUUUUUGUUUAAUAUUAUAAAGUUACAAACGCAACAGCAUGGCGUCGUUUGUGACUGAAGUACUCACCAGCUCUGGGAAACUGGAGAAGGAGGAUCUGUCCGGUAAAAUCAGUAAAAUGUCGCGAAAAGUGGAGGAUGCAAAGGAAGAAGUAUGUGACAUGAUCAACAAGAAGUAUAGUGACUUCUUACCAAGUCUUCAAGGAUCUGAAGAGUUGAUGGUCCAGGUUGAUGAGGUCUCUAAGGAAAUGGAAGUUCUCAAAAACUGCAUUGAAACUGAGGUGCAGCAGAAUAUCCACGUGGCUGUAGCUGAAUAUGCAAAACUGAAGCAGCAGCUGGAGAAAAAUACGAUCAUAAUAACAAUGCUCGGACACCUAAAAGAGUUCCACAAUGCAAUGGAGGCAUACAACAAAGCUUUACUGGACAAGAAGUAUGUUGAUGCAGCCAACCAUCUGGAAAGGGCGAAAACCAGUGUGGAUUCACUGAAGGGCUGGAAGACGUCUCAGCUGCCACUGCUUAGUGCUCUGAGUUCUGAGCUCAUAGUGCAGAGAGAAAAUUUAAUUUACCACCUGGGCGAUGAAUGGAAGAGCCUCGUGAUCUGGAGAUUACCAUCCUCAAAGGAGCCAGCAGGUGUGAAGUCGUUCUUAAAGGUGGAGCUGAACCUGAGCUAUGCCAGCAGCAAGGAUGGUGAGCCGACACCUCCUGCUCUGCUGCGCUGCGUCUUGCAGGCUCUGGCCAUCCAGGGAGACCUUCAGCACAAGAUCAAGCUCUUCAGUCAGGUGCUCUUGAAGAACAUGUUGAAACCCCUGGUGAUGUACCCGUCACUGUCAGUGAGGGUAACAGAGCAGCAGGGUGAGGGAACCAUCCUGGCCUUGCAGUGUUUGGAGGAGAGCCAAGAGGAGAGAUCGACUCCCUCACAAGUCUACAGCAAACUGCUCCUGGUGCUCAAGACGCUGCACUCACACCUGCUAGAUGUGUCCAUUGGAGAUAAAAAGCUUUCAGCCAUCUUAGGGGAGCUGAUUUGGGAGGAAAUUUCCAAGUGCAUCAUCCAUGAGUGUCUGCUCUACUCCAUCCCGACCAACAGCAGCCAGCUGGAGAAAUACAACACAGUGAUCAAGGAAACUGAGGAGUUUGAGACAUCUCUAAAGGAGAUGGAGUAUCUGCAGGGCGACUCCACAGACCUGCUCAAAUACGCCAGAGACGUCAACUGUCACUUUGCCAGCAAGAAGUGCAAGGAUGUCAUCGUAGCAGCCCGCAAACUCAUGACCUCUAAGAUGCACAACACUGUUAAGAUCACCCCCGAUUACAAGCUUCGUCUUCCCAAGCUCCCUGCUCCUGGUCCAGAAGUGAAGGUGAAACAACAGAUCACCAAGGAGGAGACGACGAUGGAGAACUCAAAGCAGCUGUCAGCGUGGAGCCUGUGUCUGCCAGCGUGUCGCAUCAGUGAGUCAGUUCAGCAGCUGAUGGAGCUGGCCCUCAACACACUGUGUGAAGCUGUGGGGAGCUCCACACAAUGUGCACUGCAGCUCUUCUUUACUGUGAGAAACAUCUUCCAGCUGUUCUACGAUGUUGUACCGACAUACCACAAGGAGAAUCUGCUCAAGUUUCCUCACCUGGCUGCCAUCCAGCACAACAACUGCAUGUACCUGGCUCACCACCUGCUCACCCUGGGCCACCAUUUCAGAGCUCACCUGCCACACCCCCUCAGCGAGGGCGUAGCAACUUUUGUUGACAUGGUGCCUGGAUUCAGGAAGCUUGGUGCCAAGUGCUUCUUAGCACAGAUGAACGUCCAGAGAGCGGAGCUGUUAGAGAGACUCUCCACGGCUCACAAUUUCUGCAACCUGGACGAUGAAGACAACUACAUUGCAGCCAGUAAAGCAAUUAGACAGGUCAUCCAUCAGCUGAAGCAGUUGGGCACUGUGUGGCAGGACGUCCUACCAGUCAGUAUUUAUUGUAAAGCCAUGGGGAACCUCCUCAACACGGCCAUCACAGAAAUUAUCUCCAAAAUCAUGAUGCUGGAGGAUAUUUCCUCUGAGGACGGGGAGCAUCUUCACACUCUGUGCCAAACCAUCAUUGAUGAGGGUCCGCUGGUCUUCAUCCCUUUGGCUGAGGAAAACAAGAACAAGAAAUACCAGGAAGAAGUUCCUCUAUAUGUGAAGAAAUGGGGCACUUUUAAAGAGCUGGUCAUUGUACUGAGAGCGAACCUGCAGGAAAUAGUGGACAGGUGGGCUGACAGUAAAGGUCCGCUGGCGUUGGAGUUCUCCAGUUCAGAGGUGAAGAACCUGAUCCGAGCUCUGUUUCAGAAUACAGAGAGGAGAGCUAUAGCUCUGACCAAAAUUAAAUAGAUACUUGACUGUCAGAAAUAAACUAAAGCACUUUUUCCUCUGAGGAAAACAUCAGUAAUGCCUUUAUUCAUUUCCAUCCCCUUUGUGAUUAACAUUGACAUGUAUUUAAGUUGGAAAGUUUGUCAGAGAAAUGUUUGCUGUUUGAUUGAGGUGCUGUCACUGAGGGGUUAAAGCUGCUUCUCAUCAAUCUGUGGGAUAUUUCCUUUUCUGCAUUCAGCCUGCAAUUAGUCCCACAGAGAUUACAUGAAGGCUGCUUUGCAUCAUUCUGCAGCCUCUUUCCUAUAGCUUUAAAGGUUUACCAGUUCAAAUCCAGCUGAGGUUGUGUAACCAUCGUCUUACCAUCUGUUGUGAUGAUGUAUUCAGGGUUAACUUGGCUGAACGUUGUCAGCAUCUUGUUCUUUAACUUGUUUAAGCUUUUCUUGUCUGAUGCCAUUUCAUGGGUUUGUUUUAUUAUGUCUGUUUGGACUUAAACGCCUCUAAAUGUCUGCUAUGUACUGUUAAAUAUACCCUGUAUUAUACUUUUCUACACCCUGUCUCCUAAAGAUAACAUUUGCAAAUCAUUAAACUGGUGUCUUAUUAAGUUUCAUGAAAACAUAAUGACUGACAGGAUUAUGUCAUAGAGAGCUUUUGUUAGAGUGAAUGAAACACUACAUUUAUGAACGUUUAUGAACCACACAAGAGUUUUAAGUUGGUUUUGCAGAUGCUGCGAUCAGCUUGAUUUGAAUGGAUCUUUAUUUCUAUCAAACAUUACCAACAAGGAGAACAGAAUAGCUUCUGGAAUCCUGUGUCUUCCUUACAACGUAAAAUCACUUGUAAAAAUAAUGUAACAGCAUGGGUUUAAACCAAGGCCUCCAAUCAAGGUGACAAAAACACUUAAACAAACAUAACCUUAAAAAUUUUGAAUAAUACUGAAGUCAGUAUGAGUAAACGGUCUGCCCCAAGUCUGACUCUUUAGGAUUCAUGUUAUGAAAUUAUGAUUUUUCACAGAAUUAUCCAUUGAGUGACUACAUGGUUCAUCCUAUAUAUCUGAACUCUCAUCAAAACAAGAGUAAAUCAUUUGGUAUUAAUUUAUCCAAGCAUAUUUACUUUAAUAAACUGGUAAUAUUUGUAGGACACAGGGCUGUAUUUUGUGAACUCUUGUAUAAACCGUUCAACUGAACUCUUCAAUAAUGUAUUUAUUACAAGACAAAAUAAACCAAAAUGGAUUACUUUUCACAA